AAUUAUUAUGGAGGAUGAAAAGAAAGAAAUGUAUGAGUUCAUCGAGUCUUUAGCAAACUCCACCUACAUGAACUUCGAAAACAUCAAAGGUUCAUCAAACGUAGACCGAAUCCUUUCAAUGCUUCGGAUAGCGCCAAAGGAUUACAUGGUGCUUAUAGCCAACUUAACAAAGGACCUUACCCGGCGGGAUCAUCAAGAGCUGCGCGUUCGAAACCAGAACAACCUCGAGUACAUUCGGUCGGAUCAGACGUUGACUGAGUACGGAAUUUGUUAUACCACCAAUAGCUUCAUUGCGCGCAAUUUAACGACAAGAGACACAACGGUUGCACAACGUGGCUGUCGGUUCUUCUCCGAGUCGAAUCUCACUCACUACAGCAUCUACACUAAAGGAAUCUGUCUUCAGGAGUGCCGGUUGAAUAUUGCCUAUCAGCACUGUGGCUGCAUUCCACAUUUUUACCCCAACAAUGUGAAACCACCGAAACCAGUGUGCGACUAUCGUACGCUCAAGGUUUGUUUCCCACCAUUGAAGCAACUUUUCCUUGAAUUCCGAGAAGAUCACGAUGGCCAUGAUUCGAUCGACUGCUACUGCGAACAAAACUGCGUAGACUCAAAGGUCAUUAUCGAGAGAACUCAGGUUUUGGUUGGAACACGAAAACUUCUUGGCAGCAAUGGUGGCCUUGUUCUAAUGAAGAGAUACCCACUGAUUCGCUUCAGCCGACAAGUGCUGUUUACUUUUACUGAUUUAUUAGUUUCUAUCGGUGGGACAGCCGGCCUAUUCCUUGGCUUCAGUGUUUUGGGAGUAGUGGAAAUUAUCUACUUUUUUACUCUUCGGCUUGUGUGGUACUGUUUGGGACGCCGCUAAUGGGGACAUGGCAUAGUUUACUCGUUUGCUCAUAAUAUCAUGUUCAUAUGGCUAUAGAAAUAGAACUCAAUUGCUUACACCGACAAGUAAAGUC